GUUCGGUUUCUUGGUUACCUUGUUCGUGAUGGCGAGUUCGGCGUGUCCGCGGUGUUAUGCUGGCACGUGCAAGGAGCACAGCAAAGCCGAGUUGGGGUCUGCAGCCGUGGAGAAGGCAGAUAUGAUGAAAAGGAUGUAUGACAACCUCGUGGGGAAGCAGCUGGAGAAGCUCAAGAAGGUCCAGGACGCCGCGAAACUGGAGGCCGACACGGCGCUGUAUCGCGACUCGUUGGCCAAGAGUCGUGAUAAGAAGCGGGAGAAGAAGUCCAAGAAGUCGUCCAAGGGAAGCAGUAGUAGCGUUAGCAGUCUCGCGGCAUUGAACAGCGGCAGUGGACUGAAUCCUCAAGCGUUGGCGGCGAUUUGCUCAAGCGACGACGACAGUGACGACGCCGACACGCGAGCCACACGCAGACGCGAUCGUCGUCAGCGAAAGAAGGACUCUAAAAAGAGCAAGUCGUCCAAGAAGAGCAAGUCGUCCAAGAAGCGUCGAGCCGCCAGUAGCAGCGACAGCGACAGCAGCAGAGAGCCCAAGAAACGGCGGACAUAACUCGUCGAGUACUUAUUCCACGACUAUUGUACGUUGCCUACGCUAGCCA